CUUUUGUUUACCCACAGUCACGUGUUUAAAUGUGUUUGCUAUUGCGUUUCCCAUAUGUGAGCGUCAGGACCAUGAGCUCUCCGCUGCAUCUGCUGGCUAAAAGCAGGAGAGUUCCUCUCCCUGACGUCCAGGGCAACUGGAACAGAGAACUGCUUCCGAGAGACAACCACGCACUUGUAAUUGCUGUUCUGAACAUCAAUGACAUGGUGCUGUGUGUGAUUUGAGCACGGAGCUGUGACGGCGGGUGGCGUCUCCCACCCCCAGGGGUACGUCAGCCGGCCCCCGGGGUCACUGGGUUGUCCACGUCGCAGUCAAAGACCACACGGAACGUGAGCGCCAGCAAUGGUAAUUUUAGAUUUUACAUUUGAGGUGACUACUGUACAACAGCGGAACCAGAAAUUACAGUGUGGAUGGGCUGACAGAAAGUCAGCUGGCUGGUUCUGUAAUAAAGGGAGCUGAAAAUCAUUUUACUACAGGCUACAUGCCUGACUGGUAGGAAUUUUGGGGGAUGGGGAGUUCAAACACGUUACUUUAUCAUGCGGCGGGAGCCUGCCCGCCUCUGCCCGCCUCUGCCCGCCUCUGCCCCCAGGCUCCGGCCUCAGUGACUUGGCACUGAUGUCCACCAUGAUGCAGAAACUGGGCCAACUGGAGCACAAAGUUCGCAGCCAGGCCGUGGAGAUCCAGCACAAGGACAAAAAAAUAUCUGUCCUGGAGGAGAAGCUGAAACUCCUGCAAAGCCCAAAAGAAGAAGCCAGCGAGCCCAAUCGAGUGCAGGACCUGGAGAGAACGUGUCUGAGCCUUCAGGAGCAAGUGUGGGAGAUGGAGCGCUUCCUGAAUGACUAUGGCAUGAUCUGGGUGGGCAGCAGACAGGAGAGAGAGCUGGAAAGCAGAGAGGAAGGCCGAGGAGACUGCCAGGCAGGGCCCUGUGCUGCCUCCAUCUGGCGCUCUGCAGGCACCACUGUGACCAGGAACUUCUGUGUGAACUUUGACCUGGUCCUCCAGAGCAUCCGGGACCUGAACAUUCUGGCCGGGGAGGGGGAGUGUCGUGUGGAGGUCACUAAGGGGGGGGCGCGUCUGACACGAAAAGCCCCUGUACCCUCGGUCCCCAUCACUCUCUAUAAAAAUGGUAUUCUGGUGUUUGAAGGCCCCUUCCGCGCCUUCCAGGAGCCCAGCACGCAGCAGAUCGUCAUGGACCUGAUGGAUGGGUAUUUCCCGUCUGAAAUGCAGGAGAGGUUUCCAGAUGGGGUCACCUUUCAGGUGACUGACAGGCGUGAGGAGGUCUUCAAAGGGAAGCCCAGGCAGACGGGGUUCCCGGGGACGGGGUACUCUGUGGGCGGGGCUACAGCAGCCACUGGUGACGGCACUGGUCAAGACCCAGAGAGAGCCGAGCUGCACACAGCGUGUCACAUGACAGGUGGUACAGCAGCUGACGGCAGCGGGCACACAGAACGGUUUCUCAGGAGGCUGCCGAGGAAGGUGGUGAAGGCGGGCAAAGUGAUAGACGUCCGGGACACUGUCCGGUCCGGCCUGCAGGCCUCGUCGGUCCACCCUGAGGUGACCGUCAUAGAUACGCCCACUCUGCAGGAUUUAAAAACCCGGUCAGUCGCCCCCGGCGAUGUCACGUCCCUGCGUGUCCGCUCUGAGGACGGAGACCAUACCUUUCUCCUCAAGAUGCUAUGUUCUGACACUAUUGGCCAGCUGCGUUGCUACCUGGACAUGCACAGAGGGCUACGCUGCACAUCGUAUGACGUCAUAAGUGCCUUCCCGCUGCGUCGCCAUGACGAUAACGACCAAACGCUCCUCAGCUGUGGCCUAACGCCCAACGCCGUCCUGCUGCUAAGGAUCCAGCCGCAGCCAGUGAUGCCCAGACCCUCCGCCAUCAAGGAAUCUCACGGCAAGUUUAGGGUUAAUGGUGACGUCGCACUUUAAAAAGGAAAUUUUUACUUUUUAAAUCGCACCACGCAUUUCUGUUUUUGAGUACCGGAAACUUUGCUGUCAGCCUGCAUUUGUUCAGGGUUUUAUUCCACUACAAAUGAUGAAUAAUAAAUGGUCUUUAAAUCCGACGAGGUGCAUGUGAUGUUCUGGGCCAGAACGUAGACGUGGCGAUGCGAGUGAUUCAGGAAAAGGACAGCAUGGCUUUUCCGUCACCCCACACCCAUACUGCCUUCUGCAAAGGCUGUGCACCAUCUCUCCUGUGCCAUUUGUGCUUGUUUUAACCUGUAUCUGAGCUCAUACCGCUGCAUACCCGAGUACAAAGGGGUGUGGCCAACAGCUGGAAGCUUUGCUGCAGUGUGACCAUGACAGGCCCUUUUUUAAAGGUCAUCUCACUGAGCAUUAUAAUGGGUAAUAAAGGCUGUGGAGAGCCUUGCAGUGCGUGCAGACCCAUCCAGUGUUAGAGUGAGUCCUGUGACCUCAAUUCACUUCACAUCUGCUCUGUCAGACUGAGUGUGAGUCUGGCCAAAAACAACCCCUGUGGGUGGCUGCUGGAACGUGGGAGACAGAUGUGGGACCUGAGCGAUUAGGAAAACGCCCUGACACUGGUGUGUAUAUGAGAGACAGCUGUGGCAUAUGUUACCAGCAGCCGGCAUGACCAGGGAAGGCAUCACCCGGAGUGCUGAUCCAAAGACUCAAAACCCAGCACGGGCAAUCCCAGGUGCUGAACGUGACUCACAUCAAGCCCAGGCUGCACUGAAACUCCGUGAUGGACAAGCUGCUGGUAGACAGACCAUCCAUAAGAGUGACGCGCACGCAGGCCCAUCCAUAAGAGUGACGCGCACGCAGGCCCAUCCAUAAGAGUGACGCGCACGCAGGCCCAUCCAUAAGAGUGACGCGCACGCAGGCCCAUCCAUGAGUGACGCGCACGCAGGCCCAUCCAUGAGUGACGCGCACGCAGGCCCAUCCAUAAGAGUGACGCGCACGCAGGCCCAUCCAUAAGAGUGACGCGCACGCAGGCCCAUCCAUAAGAGUGACGCGCACGCAGGCCCAUCCAUAAGAGUGACGCGCACGCAGGCCCAUCCAUAAGAGUGACGCGCACGCAGACCCAUCCAUGAGUGACGCGCACGCAGACCCAUCCAUAAGAGUGACGCGCACACAGG